CAAACCCCUCUCAAAAUAUCUAACUUACCAUGGCCCCUUUAUCCUUCACCCUCCUGUUCUUCCUCUUAACCGUCACCGCCGCAGCCGGUGACGUGUCCUCAUCUGAUCCGUUGAUCCGUCAAGUGGUCCCGGAGGAUGAAACAGCUGCCGAUCCUCUAUUGAACGCCGACCACCACUUCAAUCUGUUCAAAACCAAGUUUGGUCGGACCUACGCUACUCAAGAGGAACACGAUUACCGGUUAACGGUGUUUAAGGCUAACCUGCGCCGUGCUAAACGACACCAGCUUCUCGAUCCUACUGCUCAGCACGGUGUUACUAAGUUCUCCGAUUUGACGCCGUCGGAGUUUAGGAAGAAAUAUCUUGGGUUGAAAAGUAAUCUUAAGUUUCCGGCGGAUGCUAAUAAGGCUCCUAUUCUUCCGACUAAUGAUCUGCCGGAAGACUUUGACUGGCGUGAGAAAGGCGCCGUUACUCCCGUUAAAAAUCAGGGGUCGUGUGGAUCGUGUUGGUCCUUUAGUACAACUGGAGCUCUGGAAGGGUCUCACUUUCUUCAAACUGGGGAGUUGGUUAGUCUGAGUGAGCAGCAGCUUGUGGACUGUGAUCAUGAGUGUGAUCCUGCUGAACGCAAUUCUUGUGAUUCCGGUUGCAAUGGUGGGCUGAUGAACAAUGCGUUCGAGUAUAUUCUGAAGGCAGGUGGUCUACAGAAAGAAGAAGAUUACCCCUACACCGGGAAAGAUGGUACCUGUCACUUUGACAAGUCGAAAAUCGCUGCAUCUGUGACCAACUUUAGUGUCGUUUCCACUGAUGAAGACCAAAUCGCUGCUAACCUCGUCACAUACGGCCCGCUUGCAAUUGGGAUUAAUGCUGCUUGGAUGCAAACCUACAUUGGUCAAGUAUCAUGUCCAUAUAUUUGCUCAAAGCUUAAAAUGGAUCAUGGUGUGCUGCUUGUUGGGUAUGGUUCUGCCGGGUAUGCACCUCUGAGGUUCAAGGAGAAGCCGUAUUGGAUCAUUAAGAACUCAUGGGGAGCGGACUGGGGUGAGGACGGGUACUACAAGCUUUGCAGUGGUUACAACGCUUGUGGGAUGGAUACCAUGGUUUCGGCUGUGGUUGCUACCAACACUUGAAUAUUUAGUUCCAACACGGACACGGUGCUCCCAUUUGUGUAUAUGUAUUAGUAACGAUGUAUCUUAUUGUGACCUAGAGGAAUGUCUGCUAGUAGUGGUUAAUAAGGUCACGAAGUAUGAACAUGAUCGGGCUCUAAUUGCUCAUCAUCUAGAUGCUCGCCUUAUGUAGUUUCUGUUUGAGGUUUAAUCAAUCAAACAAUUGGGAACACUAAUUAAGUAAAA